AUGACCGGAGCCCCCAACCCGGAAAAGGGGUCCCCCGCGGCCGCCAAGACCGCAACGGCGACCUCGUCCGGAUCAAGCCAAGACUCGCCGCCUCUUCGCCCGCUGAAAGGGGUCGAGUCGCGGCACAGCCACCGGAGCCGGAGCCGGGCCACGUCCCACUCGUCCACCGACACCGACCCCCUUGAGCCCCUGGAGCACGCCCUAACCCCCGACCUCGAGAUCGAGGCCGAGCAUGUCGCCCGGGAGCCCAUCACCUACAUGCGCACCGGCACCAGCAUCGGCAGCACCGCCUCGAGGCCCCCGGAUUUCGAAAUCGUCUUCGAGCCGGACGACCCCGAGAACCCCAAGAACUGGCCGCUGUGGUACCGCGGCUGGACCAUCUUCGUCGUCUCGCUCUCCACCUGGAUCAUUGUCCUGUACAGCACGAGCUACACCGCCUCCAUCCCGGGUCUCAUUGAGGAGUAUCACUCGACCCAGGUCAUCGCCACUCUUGGCGUUACCACCUAUCUUCUCGGCCUUGCCGCCGGUAGCCUGAUCGUGGCGCCCAUGAGUGAGCUGUACGGCCGGCAGUAUGUCUAUCUCGGCUGCUUCACCGUCUCGUCUCUCUUGAUCAUCCCCUGCGCCCUGGCCAAGUCCUUGACCACGCUCAUUGUCGUCCGCUUCUUCGGCGCAUUAUUCGGGGCCGCCUUGAUCGCAAACAGCCCGGGCACCGUGGUCGAUAUCUCCGAUGAAGAAUAUCGCGCCCUCGCCAUGUCGUUCUACAGCAUUGCGCCCUUGAACGGCCCCGUGACGGGUCCGCUCAUCGGCGGCUUCGUCUUCCAGUACAUGGGCUGGAGGUGGACCAACUGGAUCGUUCUCAUUCUCGCCGGCGUCGGCAUCGCCCUCAUGUUCACCCUCCGCGAGACGUACGCGCCGACCAUCCUGCAGCGCAAGGCGGCACGCAUGCGCAAGGAGACGGACGAUCCGCGCUGGUGGUGCCGCUACGACGAGAAGGUCUCCAAGUUCCACCUCAUCAAGCUCAACCUCAGCCGCCCCUUCGUCCUGAGCUUCACGGAGCCUAUCUUGAUUUCCCUCAUCUACGGCAUUCUUUAUCUGUGCUUCGUCGCCUACCCGAUCGUCUUCUCCCAGUACCGCGGCUGGGGACCCGGCGUCUCCGGUCUCGCCUUUGUCGGCAUCGGUAUCGGCACCAUCCUAGCCAUCUGCUGCGAGCCCAUCUUCCGCCGCAUCAUCAACGCGCACCCCAAGGACCCCGUCACCGGCCGUGUCCCGCCCGAGGCCACCGCCCGCGUCAUGACCAUCGGCGCCGUCCUCACUCCCAUCGGCCAGCUGGUCUUCUCCUGGACGUGUCUGCCCGCCACCAUCCACUGGGCGAUCCCCAUCGCCUUCGGCAUCCCCUUCGGCGCCGGGAACACGAUAUCCUUCAUCUAUGGCUCCAACUACCUGGCCGGUUCCUAUGGCAUCUACGCGGCCUCCGCUCUUGCAGGGAACGCCGUCAUGCGGUCCAUGUUCGGCGGCACGCUGCCCCUGGCGGGGCCCUCCAUGUACAGAGCCCUGACGCCCCAGUGGGCCGGCACGCUCUGCGGCCUGCUCGAGCUCGCGCUCAUCCCCAUCCCCCUCAUCUUCUGGCGGUACGGCGAGAGGAUUCGCGCCAGGAGCCCCGUCAUCCGACAGAUGAGAGAGGACCAGGAGAAGAACGACAGCAAACGCGCCAAACAACAGGCGCGUCUUGAGAGGAGGAGAGAGAGGGAAGCCGCUGCCGCUGAGACUGGCGCCGGCGCCGGCGAGAAGUCGGGCGGCGUGCUGAUGAAUGAGGAACUGGCCAGGCCAAGGGACAUUGAGAAGAGCGCCUGA